CCCUUGCUUCAAUGACCAGUUUUUCCUUCCAUCUAGUUGAAAAUAACCCCAUGAAGUGGUAGUGUUUGUCCGUUGGCUCAAAUGGUGAACAGAAGUUUUUUGAGGGUCUUCUUCCCAGUCUUUCAAGUCUAUCAGGCAAUAAAUAAAGUAAUCGUGCAUGCCAGGCCUCCAAACUAGUUCUGUGUUUCAAGUUUUCAUGAAAACUGACAUGGGUGCCUCUGCUUUCAUGCUUUCUCCUUCUCUUCUAAUAUUAUUACUCCCACUUUCAUCUUCAACUUUGAACAAAGGUUCACAUCUCUCAGUGGAGAAUCCAGGGGACGUUUUGGUUUCCCCUCAUAACGUUUUCACUGCUGGAUUUUAUGCCGUUGGCGACAACGCCUAUUGUUUUGCAGUCUGGUUCAGCGAUCCUUUCUGUAGUAGCAAUAAUUGCACCAUAGUUUGGAUGGCAAACCGGGAUGAACCAGUUAAUGGGAAACGAUCAAGGCUGUCUUUACUUGACGGUGGUAAUGUUGUCCUAGCUGAUGCUGAUCACUCCACUGUGUGGACUACGAACACUGCCUCGAUUUCCUCGACCCAGUUAGACCUCUAUGAUAGUGGCAAUCUUGUGCUUCACAAUUUUAAUGGUACAAUUCUUUGGCAAAGCUUUGAUUCACCAACAGAUACUCUUCUUCCAGAACAGCCACUUACCAGAAAGGUUCAGCUCGUCUCUGCUAGGAGUCAAAGCAACUUCUCUUCUGGCUUUUUUAAGCUUUAUUUCGAUAACGACAAUGUUCUUCGUCUUCUAUUUGAUGGCCCGGAGGUUUCGGACAUUUACUGGCCGGAUCCAGAGCUCAUGACCUGGGAAAAUGGGAGGUCCACCUACAACAAUAGCAGAAUUGCUGUACUUGAUUCCAAGGGUAACUUUAGUUCCACAGAUGAUUUCACCUUCUUGUCAGCUGAUUUUGGAUUAAGCCGCCAGAGAAGAUUGAAGAUCGACUUCGAUGGCAAUUUGCGGCUGUACAGUCGUGUUGGGAUCGGAGGGAAAUGGGUUGUUACAUGGCAGGCCAUGUCUCAACCGUGCAGAAUUCAUGGAACUUGUGGACCUAACAGUAUUUGUAGUUAUGUUCCUAGUAGUGGAAGGAAGUGUUCUUGCAUUCCAGGAUAUAAGGUGACCAAUCCAGCAGACUGGUCUUCUGGUUGUGAGCCAGAAUUCAAUAUUCCCUGCACUGCUGGUGAGGUAGGUUUCCUGCAACUUACUAAUGUCGAAUUUUUUGGCUAUGAUUUUGGAUUUUAUCCUAAUUGCACCUUGGAGUGCUGCAAGCGUUUAUGCUUGGAGACGUGUAAUUGCAAAGGGUUUCAAUUCAAAUUCAUCAAGCACGACCACCCCAGUGGCAUCCCUUAUUGUUACCCCAAGACUCUAUUGCUAAAUGGACACCAUUCCCCUAAUUUCCAAGGAGAUCUCUACCUUAAAGUACCCAAAACUGGUCUUUUCAGACAAAACGAUUCUGAAAAGAAAGCAAGCUUAGAUUGUCCUGGGGAAAGUCUCAAGCAGCUGAAUAGAACAUAUGCAAGGCAGAAUAAAAACAGGACACUGGAGGCUUUGCUUUUGAUAGCCAUCAUAGUAGGAGCAGUUGAGUUUAUCAUAUUCUUGGUUCCAAACUUCUUGAUCAGAACUCACAAGAACAGAAGGGCACAAUUACAAGGUUAUUUUCUAGCUGCAACUGGUUUGAAGAGAUUCACAUAUACGGAGCUUAAAAAGGCAACAAAGGGUUUUAGCAAGGAGAUUGGAAGAGGUGCAGGAGGAAUUGUAUACAUGGGCAUAUUAUCUGAUAAUCGAGUUGCAGCAAUCAAGCGACUCUAUGAUGCUAAUCAAGGAGAAGCCGAAUUCCUAGCGGAGAUGAACACCAUUGGGAAGCUCAACCACAUAAACUUGAUAGAGAUGUGGGGAUAUUGUGCAGAAGGGAAGCACAGAAUUCUGGUUUACGAGUACAUGGAGCAUGGAUCCUUGGCAGAAAAUCUUAAUUCUAAAUCACUUGAUUGGAAAAAGAGGUUCGACAUUGCGGUGGGCACUGCCAAAUGCCUGUCUUAUCUGCAUGAAGAAUGCUUAGAGUGGGUUCUCCAUUGUGAUGUAAAGCCUCAAAAUAUACUCCUCGACUCCAAUUACCAGCCAAAGGUGUCAGAUUUCGGGCUGUCUCGGCUGCAGAAUAGAAGUGGAUUAAACAACGCAAGUUUUUCAAGGAUUAGAGGGACCAGAGGUUACAUGGCUCCUGAGUGGAUUCUUAGCCUGCCCAUAACCUCCAAAGUGGACGUCUAUAGCUAUGGAAUUGUUGUAAUGGAGCUGGUGACUGGAAAGAGUCCAGCAACAGGACUCAAUUCAACGGACAACGGAGAGGAGACACAGCACAAAGGGAUGGCUACAUGGGUGAGAGAGAAAAUGAACGACGUUGCCAUUUCCGGGUCAUCGUCAAUUGAAGAUAUCAUAGACCCUAAGCUGGAGGGAGAAUAUGACAAGAAAAAUAUGGAAAUUCUGGUUGCUGUGGCUCUGAAAUGUGUGGUGGAAGACAGAAAUGCAAGACCCACAAUGAGCCAAGUUGUUGAGAUGCUUACAAGCCAUGAAAAUGAUAAGCACCUACGAAAGGAUGACGAUCACCAUAUGGAGUGAGCAUGGAUGUAUCAUGUAUGUAGACUAUACUGUAGUAGUGAACAAUGCUGUGUUGCAGCUAUGUUUCUUAGCACUGUUGUUGUUUCAGUUAAACCCUCUUCACAUGGUUGUUAAUAAAUAACUUAGUCUGUUGUUUUUCCUGAUA